CCCCCCCCAAGAGUCAGCUGGUUAAGCCUGGUCAUGUGACCUCCUUCUCUUCCUCCUCUUUUCCUAGUCCCUUGGCCUUGGUGGGCGAGCGUUGGGCCAGGAUGGCGACCUGGACCAAGUACCAGCUCUUCUUGGCUGCCCUGAUGUUGAUCACCGGCUCCAUCAACACUCUCUCGGCCAAGUGGGCCGACAAGCUGAGCGCCGUGGGGUGCAACGGGACAGAGGAACACAACUUCCAGCAUCCUUUCCUCCAGGCGGUGGGCAUGUUCCUGGGGGAGUUCUCCUGCCUGGCUGUCUUCCACCUCCUCCGCUGCCGAGACCGUCGCCGGACGGAGCCCGUCAUGGCCCCCUCGCAGCCCUUCAACCCCCUCCUCUUCCUGCCCCCUGCCCUGUGCGAUAUGACCGGGACCAGCCUCAUGUAUGUGGCCCUCAAUAUGACCAGUGCCUCCAGCUUCCAGAUGCUGCGUGGGGCGGUCAUCAUCUUCACGGGGCUGCUCUCGGUGGCCUUCCUGGGCCGCAAGCUGGCCCUCAGCCAGUGGCUGGGCAUCCUGAUCACCAUCCUGGGCCUGGUGCUGGUGGGGCUGGCCGACCUCCUCAGCGGCAACGGGCAGAGCCAUGGACUCAGCCAGGUCAUCACAGGUGACCUUCUCAUCAUCAUGGCUCAGGUGAUUGUGGCCAUCCAGAUGGUGCUGGAGGAGAAGUUUGUCUACAAGCACGACGUCCAUCCCCUCCAGGCCGUGGGCACCGAAGGCUUCUUUGGCUUCAUCAUCCUCUCCCUCCUCCUGGUGCCCAUGUACUUCAUCCCGGCCGGCGAAUUCGGCAGCGAGCCCCGCCACGUCCUGGAGGACGCGCUGGAUGCCUUCUGCCAGAUUGGCCACCGCCCGCUCAUCGUCCUGGCCCUGGCGGGAAACAUCCAGAGCAUCGCCUUCUUCAACUUUGCCGGCAUCAGCGUCACCAAGGAGAUCAGCGCCACCACCCGCAUGGUGCUGGACAGCCUCCGGACCGUGGUCGUCUGGGCGGUCAGCCUGGCCCUGGGCUGGGAGGUCUUCCACGGGCUCCAGAUCCUGGGCUUCUUCGUCCUCCUGGUCGGAGCCGCUCUCUACAACGGGCUGCACAAGCCACUCCUGGACCGCCUGCCCUGCCGGAAGGAUGGAGCCCCUGAGACGGACAGGGAAGGCCUCUUGGCCGCCGACGGAGUGGCAUCCAUCAAUGGGGACAGCUGAGCCAGGCCCAACGCAGGGAUUUUGGGACCGAAAGGCGCAGAGACAUACCUCUAACUCGCCAUCACUUCUGGGAAGUCGUUCUCCCCUUUGGCCAUUUUGCAUGGGCAAACUUGGGCUCUUCUCCAGGUGUUUUGGACUUCAACUCCCACAAUUCCUAACAGCCGGUAGGCUGUUAGGAAUUGUGGGAGUUGAAGUCCAAAACACCUGGAGAAGAGCCAAAGUUUGCCCAUGCCUGAUGUAUAUACUAAUAUACAUACACACACAUACAUAAUAUAAACCUCAUAUAUGUUACUGACAGGUUUAUUUGACUUUUGGAAAAUUGUUCUCCCUUUGCAAUAUGUGGGUGUGUGUAUUUCCCAGAGAUUUCUUUGGACUCAGGCAGCUCUGUUGCAUUGUAACAUUUGGGAAUCUGUUCUCCCCUUCAGCCAUUUUAAUACACACACACACACACACAAAUAUAUAUAUAUAUCACAAGUUUCUUUGACUUUGCACCUUCUUGCAGAUUUCUUUCGACAUCUUUCUCUUCAUCUUGAUGGAAACUAUUCUCCCCUUCUGACAUCUUAUGUGGGUUCUCUCUCUCUCUCUCUCUCUCUCUCUAUAUAUAUAUAUAUAUAUAUACACAUAUACAGUAGAGUCUCACUUAUCCAAGCCUCGCUUAUCCAAGCCUCUGGAUUAUCCAAGCCAUUUUUGUAGUCAAUGUUUUCAUUAUAUCGUGAUAUUUUGGUGCUAAAUUCAUAAAUACAGUAAUUACAACAUAACACUACUGCAUAUUGAACUACUUUUUCUGUCAAAUUUGUUGUAUAAUAUGAUGUUUUAGUGCUUAAUUUGUAAAAUCAUAACCUAAUUUGAUGUUCAGUAGGCUUUUCCUUAAUCCCUCCUUAUUAUCCAAGAUAUUCACUUAUCCAAGCUUCUGCCGGCCCGUUUAGCUUGGAUAAGUGAGACUCUACUGUAUAUAUAUACACAUACAUACACACUAGCUGUGCCCGGCCACAUGUUGCUGUGGUGUAGUCUGGUGGUAUGGAAAGUAAAGUAAUGGGAAUCAGCCAGGCUUUGAAGCUGUAAGGCUAUUCGUUCCUGUUUAUUUGUUUAGGUUAUUUUGAAGUGGAGGUCAUACCUUGGAUGUGUUGGUGUAUUGUGGCCAAAUUUGGUGCCAUUUGGUCCAGUAGUUUUGUUGUUAAUUUGGUCCUACAAACGUACAUUACAGUUUUAUAUACGAGGGCUAUCCAAAAAGUAUGUUACGUUUUGGAAUUAAAAAUUAAUGAAGUAUAGGGUAAAGUAUUUAUUAUAUACAGUUGAAAGCCAUACUUCAAUAGUACUUUUAAACAUAGUCCCCAUUCAAAAUUAGGCACUUUUCAGAACGAUUAAUGAGUUUAGAAAGUUCCUACCCGCAGCAGUCUCCCGCCGCGUCCUGAAACUCAGCCAGCUGAAGAAUCAGCCAGGGCUUCGUGGCUGCUUCUCCUCGGGAGGAGAGGUAAACUCCCACAUGGAGGAAAGUGGCGUAGCCUCCGAGGAGAAGCAGCUACGAACCCCUGGCUGAUUCUAGCUGCUCCUCCUUGGGAGGAGAGAAAAACCCCACACCUUUUCCUUGAGCUGACAGGAAGGGAAGCCUCAAUGUUUUGUUUCUUGAGAUCUUGCAAAAGAAGCGAGAGCAGGUGUUUUGCUUGCUCCUCCCUCCUGCAUUCAUUCUUCAGCUGGCUGAGUUUCAGGACGCGGCGGGAAACUGCUGAGGGUAGGAACUUUCUAAACUCAUUAAUCGUUCUGAAAAGUGCCUGGUUUUGAAUGGGGACUAUGCUUAAAAGUACUAUUGAAGUAUGGCUUUCAACUGUAUAUAAUAAAUAUUUUAUCCUAUACUUUGUUAAUUUUUAAUUCCAAAACGUAACAUACUUUCUGGAUAGCCCUCGUAUAUAGAUAUGUGUGUGUAACAGAUUUCUUUGAGAUAUAUAUAUAUAUAUAUAUCUCAAAGAAAUCUGUAAUACACACACACACACACACAUUCUUACAUCUCACAGAUUUCUUCGGCCAUUCUGUUUCACCGUAACUUUACACGUAUUUUAUUUUCUUCUAACUUUUCUUUCACUUGCCAUCUUCCCAAAAUAAGGAGCCAUGUCUUGUUUAGGCUUUGAGGGUCUGCAAUAGCCACCUCCCUUUCUCUUUGAGAUUGCCACCUGUGCAUGAUGGGGGUUGUAGUCGAGCACAGCAGGAGGACACUUGCUUUAACGCACCAACUAGGUUUCUCCAAGGUCUCCCAUGACCAAAAAUGGGGCCUCUUUCCCUCCAUGAAAGACUACUUACACACUGAGCAGAGCUUUCCUGGGUUCGUUCUGUGGAUGAAGGUGGUGGCAGUACAUUGGGGGAGAAUGGGAACAAGGGAAGGAGGGCUGAGUUCUCUCUCUUGGGAAUAUUAAUGAAAAUGCAUUGAGUAGCUAAUAAAAAACAGCCUGAUUUGGGA